CGCCGGACUCGAGACGCUGGGUGCAGAGGGUUCUGCGCGCCGCGGCGGCACCUCCUCUCCCCGGAGCUGACAGGCAGCAGGUGGGCGGAGUGGAGGCCGGGGCGGUGGCGGGGCGGACGCCGCCGGCUCCGAUGCUGCGAGGCUGCUGGUCCGAGUCGGUGCUCGCAAGAGGAGGAGGGGUAGAGGGAAGAGAAGAAAGCUCCGCCAGCUCAAGGAGUCUACGCCAUGGACUUCAACAUGAAGAAGCUGGCGUCGGACGCGGGCAUCUUCUUCACCCGGGCCGUUCAGUUCACCGAAGAGAAGUUUGGGCAGGCAGAGAAGACAGAACUAGAUGCUCAUUUUGAAAACCUCCUGGCCCGGGCAGAUAGCACCAAGAACUGGACAGAAAAGAUUCUUCGCCAGACAGAGGUGCUGCAGCCAAAUCCCAGUGCCCGGGUGGAAGAAUUCCUCUAUGAGAAGCUGGACAGGAAGGUUCCCUCUCGAGUCACCAAUGGGGAGCUGCUGGCCCAGUACAUGUCAGAGGCUGCCAAUGAGCUGGGGCCAGAGACGCCCUAUGGGAAGACCCUGAUCAAGGUUGGGGAGACCGAGAAACGCCUCGGGGCAGCAGAGCGAGACUUCAUCCACUCUGCUUCCAUCAACUUUUUGACUCCUCUACGCAACUUCUUGGAAGGGGAUUGGAGGACAAUUUCGAAAGAGAGACGGAUUCUUCAGAACCGGCGCCUGGAUCUCGAUGCCUGCAAAGCCAGACUGAAAAAGGCCAAAGCAGCCGAGGCCAAAGCUGCGUGUGAGGGAGAUGCCGUGCCUGAUUUUCAGGAGACUAGACCUCGUAAUUACAUUCUCUCUGCCAGCGCAUCUGCGCUGUGGAGUGAUGAGGUAGAUAAGGCAGAGCAGGAACUUCGUGUGGCCCAGACAGAGUUCGAUCGGCAAGCAGAGGUGACUCGUCUCCUGUUAGAAGGAAUUAGUAGUACCCAUGUGAAUCACCUUCGCUGCCUCCAGGAGUUUGUGGAGUCUCAGGCCACAUAUUAUGCCCAGUGCUAUCGACACAUGCUGGACCUACAGAAACAGCUGGGCAGCCCUCAAGGAGUGAUAUUUCCAGGCACCUUCGUGGGCAACACUGAACCUGCCUCCUCACCUUUGAGCAGUGCCUCCCUGGCAACAGCUGCUGCCACCAUCCCAGUGGUGCCCACUGUGGCGGGCGUGCCCCCCACAGAAGCUGCCAUCAGUUUGGAUGACGUGGCUCCGCCUGCUAGUGGCACCCGAAAGGCCCGGGUGUUGUACGACUACGAGGCAGCUGACAGCAGUGAACUGGCGCUGCUGGCUGAUGAGCUUAUUACAGUCUACAGCCUCCCUGGAAUGGACCCUGACUGGCUCAUAGGGGAGAGAGGCAACAGAAAGGGGAAAGUGCCCGUCACCUACUUAGAACUGCUCAGUUAAGCCGGGCCCUGGGCCCACCUUCUGAGGGCUGCCACGGCUCCCCACACCUUCUCCCAUCACCUCCCACUUUCACCCUCAGGUGGGAGAGAGAAGGUGGGGGGAAGGAAAAGGGUGCUGUCCCUUAAGUCCUCUCACUUCAUCCUAUUGUUUGUCCACUCAUUACCUUGCUGAGAUCCUGGCUCAGGGUGGAAGCUGUGUCCUCCCUUCCCUGUCACCUACAUUCCAUCAGAGAACAAAGGGGUCUCAGAGUAGCCCCCAGUCCCUGAUCUUGCUUUUCCCAUUCCACCCUAGGGGCAGAACACUGAAGGCCUCCCUCUUUACUGCUCUUCUCAACCCUCCUGUCCCUGCCUCUAAGCUUACUGAAGGAAGUAGAUCGCUAGGGUUUGAGGGAGGAAGCUAGGCCUUGGUUAGGAAAUCUAGAGAGAGGCUAAGAGUAUAUGGAUUGGGGAAGAGCCUGGACCCCGAGGGAAAAAUAGGUCUUGAAUGCAAACCUCCCUGCUACCUUAAGAUAACUUACUUUGGAGGCAGGGAGUCCUCACUGGUGCUUAUGGCUGUGGGGCCAAAAGCCCCUUUGGAUAUUGUAAUUACCACCUCUUCUGGACCCCAGGCUUUGGCUAAAUCCCUCAGUUGCCAAAGAGAAAAAGGGGCAGUUAGGUACUGCCUGUGUUGGCCCUCGAGGGCCAAGGCGGGAGAGCAUGUAAUGAAAGUGAUCUGGACUUCUCUGAAGCAAGGAAGUUAGUGGGUGUUCCUCUCAUUCACCUGCUUAAUCCACACUCCAUCCCAAUCCCUGGG